CAAUAACACCGAGCUGCCCUGGAGAGAGAGCAGCAGCUCCCGGACAGGCACCGCCCAGGCUGACACGUGACAUGCCCUGGUCUGGGGAGAGACAUCCUGGGCUCAGCUGAUCAGAUCCCAUUGUGACCUCCUGGGAGCCAGCCAUGCCUUCCCUACGGGAGCGCUUCUACAACUAUCUCCACGGAGACAACGUGGUCUCACGGAUAUUUGGAAAAUUUGAAGAAAAAACCGGGAUCAAAAAGACCUAUCUGGCGACUGGUUCCAUCUGCUCUUUAGGCCUGUACCUUAUAUUUGGUUAUGGAGCUUCUUUGGUAUGCAAUCUGAUCGGCUUUGUAUAUCCAGCCUACACAUCGAUUAAAGCAAUUGAAAGCCCAGAUAAAAAAGAUGACACCAUAUGGCUGACCUACUGGGUUGUUUAUGGGGUGUUCAGUGUGGUGGAAUUUUUUUCCGACAUAUUUCUAUUCUGGUUUCCAUUUUAUUAUUUAGGGAAGUGUGCUUUCCUAUUAUGGUGCAUGGCUCCCUUCACAUGGAAUGGCUCACAAAUUCUCUACAGCCGAUUCAUCCGACCAUUCUUUCUAAAACACCAUCAGACUGUAGACAGUGUGGUCAAUGAUCUUGGUGGUCAGGCGCUGAGCACGGCAGAAAUGGUCACAAGAGAAGCGUCUUUUAUCUCUAAAUCCUAUGCUCUCCUUUCCUCCUGUGCAUCUGUGGACGCAGUGCUCCAGACUUUGACCAGCAGUAGGUCUCUUCUAAGACAAGAAGGAGGGCAGCAGGCCCUUCCUGGCACCACACAUGCAAAGGAGCAAUAAUCCAUUCCCUGGAAUCUGAAAAAAACAAAUGAAAUGUGUUUCCACCACCUUUAAAGCCUGAAAUGUUUUAUUUGUCUGAAACCAAUUUUCCUGCAGGUUGAUCCAAAGCCAUGCUUUUUGUUCAUUAGAUUGAGGCCCUGUUGUCUAGGAUGUUUUUUCAUUGCUUAAGCAUAUGCUGCAAAAUACACACUUGCAUAAUGUUGUGCCCAGUAUAUAACUUCUGUAUUACCUCACAGAGAGGCAGGCUUUACUCCGCUAUUAUGAAAUUAUGAUUAGAGAUGGUUUCUUAAUAGACUGUGCCUGCAUAUUACAUAAGUACAAAAAAGCCAUGUUAGACCAUUAACACUUCUGAUCCUUAAUACAGCUGCCACCUUACGAAACUGUGAUAUUGUUUAACUGCCCAAGGAAUGUGCAUUACCAUGCUGUGCAAAUCCAUAAUUAAAAGUCAUGAUGUAUUUGUAUGUUUGUAGUUCUUGGUAUACAUUUAGACCAUCCCAGUGUGUAUUUAGGGGCACUCCAAAAAUAUUUUCAUUUAAAUACCACUUAAAUACAAACUGUGAAAAUUAUUUCAAGCUAUUGUUGAAUUACAAAUACCGGUAAAUCCCAUGAUACUGUUUGAAAAUAUCA